UGAGAAUUAAAUUGGUGAUGAAUGUGCAUCAGGCUUAGGUUCUGGUUUAGCAAAUUGCAUUAAUCUCUCAAAUUUGACACUUAAUCUUUCUGAGAAUUAAAUUUGUGAUGAAGGUGCAUCAGGCUUAGGUUCUGGUUUAGCAAAUUGCAUUAAUCUCUCAAAUUUGACACUUUAACUUGAUUCUAAUUAAAUUGGUGAAGAAGGUGCAUCAUACUUAGGUUCUGCUUUAGCAAAUUGCAUUAAUCUCUCAAAUUUGACACUUUACCUUGAUUACAAUGAAAUUGGUGAUGAAGGUGCAUCAGGCUUAGGUUCUGGUUUAGCAAAUUGCAUUAAUCUCUCAAAUUUGACACUUUAACUUGAUGAAAAUUAAAUUGGUGCAAUGGGUGCAUCAGGCUUAGGUUCUGCUUUAGCAAAUUGCAUUAAUCUCUCAAAUUUGACACUUUAUAUUGAUGAGGAUUAAAUUGGUGAGGAAGGUUCAUUAGGCUUAGGUUCUGGUUUAGCAAAUUGCAUUAAUCUUUCAAAUUUGACACUUUAUCUUUAUUUCAAUGAAAUUAGUGAUUAAGAUACUUCAGGCUUAGGUUCUGCUUUAUCAAAUUGUAAUGAUCUCUAAAAUUUGGCACUUUAUCUUGCUUACAAUAAAAUUAGUGAUUAAGGUACUUUAGGCUUAGUUUCUGCUUUAGCAAAUUGCACUAACCUCUCAAAUUUAAAACUUGAUCUUAGUAAAAAUUAAAUUGGUGAUUAAGGUAUUUCAGGCUUAGGUUCUGCUUUAGCAAAUUUCACUAAUCUCUCAAAUUUGGAACUUUACCUUGGUGGUAAUUAAAUUGGUGCAAGUGGUGUAACAAGUUUUGGUUCUGUUUUAGCAAAUUUCACUAAUCUCUCAAAUUUGACACUUUAUCUUACUUGCAAUAAAAUUAGUGAUUAAGGUAUUUCAGGCUUAGGUUUUGCUUUAUAAAAUUGCACUAAUCUCUCAAAUUUGGCACUUUAUCUUGGUGAAAAUAAAAUUGGUCCAAGUGGUGCAUCAGCCUUAGGUUCAUAUUUAGCAAAAUGCACUAAUCUCUCAAAUUUGGCACUUUAUCUUGGUGAAAAUUAAAUUGGUGCAAGUGGUGCAUCAGCCUUAAGUUCUUCUUUAGGAAAGUGCACUAAUCUCUUAAAUUUGACACUUGAUCUUCGUGGAAAUUAAAUUGGGGAAAGUGGUAUAUCAGGUUUAGGUUCUGCUUUAGCAAAUUGCACUAAUCUCUCAAAUUUGACACUUGAUCUUAGUCAAAAUUAAAUUGGUGCAAGUGUUGCAUCAGAUUUAGGUUCUGCUUUAAAAAAUUGCACUAAUCUCUCAAGUUUAACACUUAAUCUUAGUGGAAAUUAAAUUGGUGUAAGUGGUGCAUUAGGCUUAGGAUUUGCUUUAGCAAAUUGCACUAAUCUCUCAAAUUUGACUCUUGAUCUUAAUGGAAAUUAAAUUGGUGCAAAUGGUGCAUCAGGCUUAGGUUCUGCUUUAACAAAGUGCACUAAUCUCUCGAAUUUGGUACUUAAUCUUUAUGAAAAUUAAAUUGGUGAAAGUGGUGCAUCAGGCUUAGGUUCUGCUUUAGCAAAUUGCAUUAAUCUCUCAAAUUUGACACUUAAUCUUUAUGGAAAUUAAAUCGGUGAAAGUGGUGCAUCAGAUUUCUGCUCUGCUUUAGCAAAUUGCACUAAUCUCUCAAAUUUAACACUUGAUCUUAGUUGGAAUUAAAUUGGUCAUUAAGGUGCUUCAGGUUUAGGUUCUGCUUUAGCAAAUUGCACUAAUCUCUCAAAUUUGACACUUGAUCUUAUUUACAAUAAAAUUAGUGAUUAAGGUGCUUCAGGCUUAGGUUUAGCUUUAGCAAAUUAACUUAAUCUCUCAAAUUUGACACUUUAUCUGAGUGAAAAUUAAAUUGGUGCAAGUGGUGCAUCAGACUUAGGUUCUGCUAUAGCAAAUUGCACUAAUCUCUCAAAUUUGACACUUGAUCUUAGUAGAAAUAUAAUUGGUGAAAUUGGUGCAUCAGGCUUAGGUUUUGCUUUAGCAAAUUGCACUAAUCUCUCAAAUUUGAAACUUAAUCUUCGUUAAAAUUAAAUUUGUGAUUAAGGUGCAUCAGACUUAGGUUCUGCUUUAACAAAUUGCACUAAUCUCUCAAAUUUGACACUUUAUCUUGGUAGAAAUUAUGUUGGUGCAAGUGGUGCAUCAUGCUUAGGCUCUGCUUUAGCAAAUUGCACUAAUCUCAAAAAUUUAACACUUGAUCUUAGGUAAAAACAGUUAAUUUGUUUAGGAUUGUGA